AUGAAGUACCCAUCUGUCAUUUUACAGUCUAGCGAACACAUGAGAUUUUCCUGGAGAGACGGCUAUAGCGAUAUUACGACGGAAGAAUUAAAGGCACUUUUCCUCGAAAGCCGCCUCGCGACCUCGUCGAUUGAGGCUGAGCUACAGCGCCGAGGAAGUCAUAAAAUUCCUAAAGUGCGAGUGAAUGACUGCAUGCAAAGUAUCCGACAGGCCGCUCAUUCGGUAUCAAUUCUUGAACGGCUUGACAACAAAGCUAUCCCCAUCGCAAAAGAUCUACGCCGCUUGAUGACUGAUGUCCCUCCGGACCGCAACUUGAAGGUCUAUCAAGAAUUUUUGAACGACGUUCAGACGCAAUGUGGUCCAGAGUAUACACUUCUCUGUGCCAUAGGUCUUGGAAAGCACAGGAUCUCUAAUUUGAGGGCCGACGAAAAAAUUUCAUUACUUGCACUCCUCAAGCAAGAAAAAACUGCCUUACAUUCCACUAUACUAAGCUCGCUUGCGCUCGAUUAUGGGAUUACUAGUGGUAAAAUACCCACCGCUGCACGACGGGUUCAGGCUCAGCAGGCUGCAACAGAAGCAAAUUAA